UAGGGCAAGAGUUGUGCUGACUGCCGCCCGUGUCCCAUUUGGCAUGUCCUCGUUGGUGAUGCUCUAGUUCGCCGCUGAUGCUAGAGCCUGGGGACCAGAUGUUGACGCAUAUUGAGUGAAAGGAUGUCCACUGUGUGAACAGCCCGCAAAUAGUGGGAUGGUGCAAGCGAAGUCGGCCCAUGGUGCAAUGCUAUUUUGCUUUUCCGGCUUUGCUGUCGACACCGAUGCGCCACGUCAAUCCAGCAAGAAGCGUCCUUUGGUGGUUCCUGCAGUGGGCAGGGCGGUGCCAGAAGCCGCGCCAUCGCGACUCGCUGUAGAAGUAAGCCACUGGCAUCGCUAUAUCACUGCUGAGGGUGAGUGCGUGCCAAGGUCUGCCCGUCCGACGCAGACUUCGAGCAUGGUGUCAUUGAGGCCAGCCAACACGGCUAUCAGGGAAGUGCGCAGUCUUCGCCGUGCGGGAAGGUCAACGAAGACACAUCUGGCCGUGUCGUGAGCAAGGGCCAUGAAAACAAGAAAGCCUGCGUUGCUGAGGGCAUGAUGGGAGCGGUGAGUAUCACCUGGCCGCAGUUGGAUGGCGAA